AUGAGGUUUGGGGCUGAGAAGCAGCUGGAGUUUGUUUACUGCAUCCCACUUUUUCCCCUGGUGCGGUUGCUGCUAGUUGCGUCAAACUCUCGGGCAGGUUCAGUGGCUGCCGCGUGGGCAGCCCACAAAUACAAAAGCGCAGAGGCUUUCACGGGCCGCAUGGACCUGCUCGUGGCAGACAAAGCGGCUGGAUUAGUGGAGGAUGCGGAGAUGAUCCGGGCUGUGGAGCAGUUCCUCACAGAUGCCCACGACCAGAUUUUCCGUGGUGACGCUGCAACGCGGGAUGAAAGUUGGAAAGGUACUCGGUACGCUGAUGUCGAACUGGAAGAUAUUCUAUUGGAGAGGAUAUCUCAUGUUUCCAACGAAGACUUUGACCGCAUCCUUGUUGAGUUCAUUGAGGCGAUCGGCAUAGUCCCGAAGGCUAUGUUAAUUCGCGCCGGAGUCGAAAAGUACCUGGCCUACCUCUGCCAUCAACAACUGCUGACAGAGUGCCCUCUCAAACGAGAUUUACCUCGAAGGCAACGAACUGCAGAACAUAGUCCAGAUUUCGUCCCCCCGUCACCUAAAGCAGCGGACGACCUCUCUGUAAACCGGUCACCAGCUCGCAUGGGUAAUAACCCUCUGCCAGCGGGCCCCAAGAAACAAGUUCAAAACUCGCGCACCGCUUCUCAUGGACGGGCCAGGAGUUCUUCCUUAAACGAAAUUGUGUCAUUCCCCUCCCCUGCGGCUUUGGAUCCCGUUGCUGGCUCGCCGAGAAAGAGUUUGACCAUCGGAUCAUUUCCGCCCCAGCCUGCGGCGGCAGAGACAGCCGUGACUCCAACAAAAACCGAACGACAAUACAGCCCGUCGUCUAGCCCUACUGACCCGCCGGCACGUGGACGACGGAGAGCACCUCCUUAUCCCACGUACUACCCCGUCCCUCCCGACACAAAUGCCCCUCCAUAUCCUCUCCAUCCUCCACCGCUUGCGCCCAACAAGCAGGCACAUGACCGACCCCCGAGGCCGCCGGAUCCUCGUGCACGUCAAGGGCCACAGCCUUCCGGGGAAGAGCGCACGGACCGUGAGGCUUCCUCGGAUUUUUCGGAGAAAACAGAAAACGCACCUCGUGACUCAAAUAGCCACCGCAGAGAGGCAGGAGCACAAUCUGAAGCACAGCUUCGAUACCCCUAUCCUCCUGGCACCUGGGAUUUUCCUCCGCCCCCUCUGGAUUUCGGUCCACCGCCUUUUGGGGCUCCGUAUUACGACCCAGCUUUUGCUUCGGCGUAUGAUUAUUUUGCUCCCUUUGAUCCCCGUGGUACAACUCCUGGCGCUUACUACAACGAACGGACAAACUCCACCCAGCCGGGACCGCCCCUGACGGAAGGCAGAAAUCAACCUGCUCCCUACCGCCCACGGUCUCGGCCGCCGCCAGGCAUUGGUCCUCAGAGGUCACGAGGGCAGUUUGCUCCUCCUGGAACCCAAGAGAAGCGGGGAAAGACACCGCAGGAAGAUUUCUCAACUUAUCGUUCUAGAGCGUCAAGUCCUGUUCCGCCGGCUCCUGGUUCCCCCCAAACGCCAUUGCAGUCGCCUGGUGUGAACAACGAGCCACAGUCUUCACCGGCUAAGCCUGCGACCGACCCUUCCCCGACAGUCACACCCGGUAACGUUUCCGGGUUACUCCCUUCAAAUCACGUUCCUCAUGUCCCAGUGGAAACUUACUAUGCUCGCCCCGACACCACCCCUGAGGUAGACCAGCGAGAGGCCGAGAGGCAUGCCAGCCCACUGCCUUAUGAAUAUCGAAUCGAAAGUGGAGCUGCGGCAGGUGAUGGCGUUAUCCCGGCGGAGUCUCCGAUGGAAAGACCCAGGGCCACACCCGGAUUGUCCCUGGCACAGCCAACACGUCCGCCUGUUGGUGUCUUCCCCGCAGCGCGCGAUAUGACAUCGGGUUUCCCUUCACCGGAAACCGAAUGGCUGCCGGCUCGAACCCAAAGACGCCGCCCGAGUAGCACAACGACAAGCACUGUACCGAUCCCAUUUGACGAUUUCCACACGACACGACCUGUGCGAUUCACGAGGCCGUCCCAGUAUCUCCCGCCCGAACGGCGGUCCAUAGGGAAAAUUAGGGAGGGUGCUAAUUCCGUUUCUUCACCUCAGGGGAACGGUCGGUCAGCACAAAUACCUGAAUCCGAUUCAGGUGACUACAGCGGGUCGAAUAACGCUCCAGAGAUGUCCGCAAACACUGCGAGGUUUGACUCUGCCGACAGGCACAUCGGCCCGGUCCCUACAGCUAGCAGGACGAGUUCGGAAAAUUUUCCUGUUGCUCUCCGCUCUGAUCCAACGCAAACAGCCACGCGACCGCCACCACAAUACACGCGUCCUCCAGGUUAUACUCCUCCGGAUGCUCGACCGCCGGGACCUACCAAUCCUUCGCCUCCGCCGUCGUCGCCCGACCCGUGGCCUUACCCUUCUCCUCCAGGUGGGCAGCCUUACCCCCCGCCGUACUAUCCCCCAGGCGUGCCUCCGGACUAUCCUCCAAAGUGGCAGUAUCCUCCGGGCUACCCAGCACUUCCUUACCCCUCACCCAAGUAUCCUUCGCCGCCUACGAUUCCUUUUCCACCGAGCACUACAACGACGACGCGGAGGCCUGUGAGAUAUACUCGGCCACCGACGUAUGUGCCUCCUGAUGAGUCGCCGCGGCCGGGACCGAGUCAUCCACCGGAACCGAAUCCGCCACGUAGACCCCCAGCGCAGCCGUAUCCGCCUCAACCUCGGCCGCCCUACUACCCUCCUCCGUUUCCGCCCUUUGACAGCGAAGCGCCUUCGGCAAGUUUCGAGGGGCAACCUCGCCCGAGAUUUUCACAGCCUCCGCAGACUGCUGCCCUGGAGGAUCUGCCGCCUCCAACACCGCCGCGGCCAGCAAGCAAAGAGCGUCCGCGUUUCCCAGCCCCGUUUGUCAGCGGUUCAGGGCCAUCCAAAGAGACAAUUCCCGAAGAUACCAUCCCCCCCGAGGACACAGUCCUUCUGGAAACGCGUGGAAACCGCCUGACGAGGCCAAGUGGAGAGCAAAGAGGACCACGCGCGGAAGAGCUGCUCGAAGCGAGAAGUGAGAGGUAUGCUCGCAGUCGUCUUGAAUACGAAGUUGAGAUGGCAAUGGAGGAAAGGCAGGCGCAGUAUGGACAAUUGGGGCCGGAGGAUCGGCGAUAUUUUGACAACUCACGAUCUACCCGAGGGGAUGCUCCUCCAACUCGGGUCGGUCCCGGCCUUCCGGUUGAUUUUCAGGAAGAAAGACCCAGGGGAGGCGCAAGAAGACCCGAAGAGUCACCCAGACCCGAGUUAAUGACUCCGAGGAACGUGCCUCGUUCCGCUCCUCGCCCUCCUCCAGGCACUUCAAGGGAGAGAGACUGGGGGGGGCCGAUUCUUGGGGUUCACCGGCAGACCAAAAGCUUUCCGGAUAGAGAGUAUGCCGCAUACAGCGUUCUGGAGGGGAGAAGCGCUGGUCCGCUUUCCGGAGAAGAAGGUUUCUCAACAGAAUGCCUCGAGUGCUCCUCGGAGACGUUCUUCGAAAACGACUUCGAUUCUGAGUAUGCGUCGAGUGAAGAACUUGACAGCUUCGAAGGAGGAAUCUAUCUGCCAGCCCCACAGGCGAUUCCGCGCAGAAGAAGUCCAGGUAACACACCACGAGGACCAACGCCGCCCCCCGUUCUUCCUCAAUUUAGCUCACCACUCCCCGCUCGAGGCCCUCCAGGUGAUCCUUUUCCGAUGCGUCCGCCAGAAAAAACCGAAUUUCCUCGGAGUGCACCGGAACCUCCGGACGAAGUACCGCUUCCAGAGCGGGCGCCGCAAAGAGCCCAACGUCCUCCUCCCUUUGAAAUCCGUCGUCCCGUGGGCGUCUUACCAUCGUCCUCGGGUUUCGAAACUGGAGAAAGAUCCCUUCCCCCAGCGCCUCCGACGCAACCUGUGCCUCUCCGCGCAGAACGGAAGGAAACGUAUGAGAGGUCGACGGGGAGGAAAGGGGUCCUCGGCGACACCGAGACAGAGUGGAUAGACAGGGGGGAAGAACGAGAUGAGUUUGAAGACGCACGAGCCAUCUCACUGCCUUCACGUACCGCGGCAAUCCGAACACCGCCGCUGCCCCCACUGGAGAAUCAAAACGCUCGAAAUCGAGACGAACUAGAAGGCGUUCCGGUUCUUGUGAGAGAGCGACAAGCUCGAGCUCCUGCGCCUAUACCUGCCUCCUCAGCCCCUUCUCCUCCGCCUCAGACGCGGUACGAAAACAGUCCACAGCGCUUGCCUCCUGACUUGGCAUGGACGGGGAAAGAGGAGACCAGAGAGUUUGACGGAAAACGAACAGGACUCCAAGUAGAAAGAGUAAGUGUAAUCAAUGGCCAAACCGUGAGACCUACUCCUGCUAUGCAGCGUCCUCCUCAGCCUCCUGUACCUUCUUUUCAAGGUGUUCCGAUGCCACAGUUCGAAAAGUCUGCAACGGAGGCGCCUUUGCUUCGGGCUGUCGAGAAUUCUCCAGAGUUGGACUCGCCCCCAAAGAUAGCUGUUCGAGGGGACCUCUCCGGUGGAGGGUACCUUCUGGACCCAGUUCGCGCCAGACACGAGAUUCAGUUAGACGCUAGCAAAAGCGCGGGUUUUGGUGAUAGGGGAAACCCGACUUCGUCCUCCAUUUUCACCAAGGACGCAGAAGUCUCUGCACGGCCAGUCGAUCGAACUGGUGGCAAGCCUUUACUCGCGCUGCCGCCGAGGGGCAGGCGACCGGAGGAACCCGGACCGUUAGAAAAAGCCAAGGAUUCACUUUUCCUUCUUGGGGAGAUCGAAGAAAGCGACGUACCCCCUUCAUUUCCGGUAUCUCGAGACCAAGGCGGGUUUGUACAAGCGGCAAAAACAGUGGGGGGACAUGCACCGUUCGCGGUUUCUGAAAAGGGCCAAGAAUUUAAAACGGUGCUCACUCCCCUUCGCCUGCCACCCCCACCUCUCGCUGCAGACAGUGCUCCUUACACUCGCACGAAGAUGGUAGCGCAAGUCCGAUCUCCUGAGAAAGGUGGCAUCGAGUUCGAGCAAAUGAGCAACACCAAAGGACCGCUCCUCGCUAGCCCCCCACGCGUGCAGGCAGUCGUUGUCAGUGGAGGUCCGAAGAGAAAAAAGAACCAGAGGUGGUAG